AUGAACAAGUCUGACAGCGCGAACGAUGGCGCCAUGGAUGACCUGCGGCAACGAUGGAACCAUCUCUACAAGCAUCAUCUGCCGGGCCUGGCGAAAACUCGCGAUCCAGUACAAGGACAAUGGCCCGUCUAUCUGGACCACUGCUUCGCAAGAAUCGUGCUGGACAACGCGAUUGGUAUAGACAAGCCAUGGAUGGAAGUCAUAAGGCAGCCCGCAGUGAAGAAUAUGACCGAGGACCAACUCCGCGACGCUGUAGAUCUUGCGGAGAAGAUUGCAACGGGCGAACUUGAUCUCGUGUCAUUAGAUGAACGUAGUCUUCAGCUUCGCGGCAAGCAGAAGAAGAAGCGUAAGGUGGAGGCGAAGACAGAAGGCAACGGCACGUCCAAGAAGAAGCUACGAGGUGAUCCAACCAUUUCAACCUACUUCGCGCCACCACCAGACUCGCCGUUCCAGGGCGAGGACACAAAAGCCGAUACGCCAGCUAACGUGGUCGAACUUGGCGACGAGAGCAGGAAGGCGGCGCAAGAAGCGAAUCCUGACAUGGCAGCACAAGUCAAGCGUAUAGCUGACUCCAACAUAACCACUUUCCGCAAACAAACACUCACCCUGCUGUGUCAAGUGCCUCGUGGUCGCUACAGCACAUAUCAAGCGAUGUCUGAUCAUAUCACCAAGACGUCGCACAAGACUUGUGCUCGUGCUGUUGGCAAUGCGAUGCGUAACAAUCCUUUCGCACCAGAAGUACCGUGCCAUCGCAUCCUGGCUGCCGACGGCUCACUUGGUGGAUUCAAUGGCUCUUGGGGUGAGAACGGGAAGUUCGCGGGCGAGAAGCACAAGUUAUUACACGAAGAGGGUGUACGCUUUAGCUCCAGUGGAAAGGUCAAAGGUCCUCCGUUUCGAGACUUCACUUGA